AAUUUCCCGUCAAUCUAAAAAUUAUAUAAAAUCUUUGUCAAAAUCCAGCUUAAACAGUUCUCGAGUCUCUACUUUUUCCUCUUCCACGAAUAAUUCGUAAGCCAUGUCUGGUGAAUCGGCCAACUCAAUUCAGAGAAGCCAAGUUGAUCUAUUGCACUUCAUAGAUUGGUCUGGAGUUGAAUGCCUUAACCAAAAUACUGCUCAUUCUCUUCCCAAUGCUCUUAAACAGGGUUACAGGGAAGAUGAUGGAUUGUGUCUGGAAAGUGACGCAGAUGAGCAACUUCUGAUUUAUAUUCCUUUCACUCAAGUCAUUAAACUUCAUUCGUUUGUCAUCAAAGGACCUGAAGAAGAAGGUCCCAAGACUGUGAAACUUUUCUCAAACAGGGAACAUAUGGGAUUUAGUAAUGUCAAUGACUUCCCUGCAAGUGACUCAGCUGUCUUAACCCCAGAAAAUCUCCAGGGAAAACCUGUUGUCUUAAAGUUUGUCAAGUUUCAGAAUGUUCGUAGCUUGACAAUAUUUAUUGAGGACAAUCAAGGGGGUUCUGAUGUUACAAAAGUUCAGAAGAUUGCCCUGUUUGGGACAACGGUUGAAACAACCGACAUGAAGAGCUUGAAGAAGAUUGAAGAUGGCCACUGACCCUGAAAAGAACGAAUGAAUGUAUGAACGAGAACCUGUAUGCGUGGUGGCUUGGAAGCAUUUUUAAUUUUUCUCAUUUGCUUUAUCCUAACUUGAAUUAUUUCUGAAGGAUAAACCAGUUUGUUGCGUCAAGAAAAGUGUUUUUUUUUUUAUUUUUAAAAUUCUGGCAUUUGACACUCAGGUUCUGUUGUGUUCUUCAUAUUGUGAAGUUUGAUCACAGCGAACUCAAAGGGAUUACAAUACAAAUUUGAGAUCUGUUGAGGGAAAA